AUGACGGACCUCUUGAAAAAAUACCCGCAGGCCCGCAGAAAUGAUAAUACAUCAGGAGAACAUCGAGAAAGCAAUGGCUUCACCAUUACGAGCGAAGGUGAGUACAGCGAGGUACGACAUAAGAAUAUACGACUUGAGUGUAUCCGACGGGGUCUAAGCACCGAGGGACUUUUACGAGACCUGUUUUUGCGUCUGGAUGAGGAUGAUAAGGCGAAGGCUUUGCGGUGGAAUAGGAGGGGUUAUGAGAGGUUGGUGCGUGGUGAGAGGAAGAGGAACCGUGUGGAGGUUUGUAUUUCAUUUCUUUUUUAGAAUGGGGAUGGGGUUGACAAUUUUUAGGCUGAUGAUGAGGAUGAGGAUGAGGAGAAAUCCAAACUAUCCCCCGCUUCACGACAAGUCCAAGCUAGGUUUCUGAAAGACGGUGCGAAUACACCGUAUAUCUUCAUCCCCUUCUCGGCAUUCGCCAUGAGACCCACAGAUGAAGAGCUACAGACUCUCUGUCCGCUAUUCCGCACCUUCGAUGCGCAGCAGGUGCUUGUGGGACAUACGAGUUACAUUGUGAGAUUCAGACACCAUGUCGGAGGCGACGAGUAUGCGCGGAGAGUCCAUGGACUGCUUCCUCAAUACAUUACUUUCAAGUCUGGUGGCUUAGGAAAAGUGACCCUCAAGCUAUCUAACCCCGCAUGUCCUUCAACCUCACCCGUCCCCUCAACAAAAACUGACACAGUGACUAUAGGACGAGCCCGAAAUAUCCAUGCUCGCACAACCCAUCCACCACGAAAGCAAAAAAGAGCGCGAAGCAUGCUUUUCCAACGUCCCCUUACUCCCCAUCAUCGGAGACCGACCCUACAUCGUACUCCACACCAGCAGUCCCCCCACCACCGAAACGAUCCUCGCACUACGCAAGAAAGUCGAGCGAAGCGCCCCAGACUUCGUCAAGGGCGAUCCGGACGGUGACAUCUACAUCUGCUACUCCGCCAAUUCCGACGGAGAGAGAAACAUGAACCUAGUAAUGAAGCGACGCUUCAAUGAGGGCUGGAAACGUGAGGAUGGCGAGGACAUACCAGCCUGGAUGAUAGAGAGCUCUACUGCGAUCCGGGCCCGUGAGUUGGAGAAGGAGAAAGAGCAGUUGGAACCAAAUCGGCUACCCGUUCCCGAAGCGAGUCUCCCGCGCUUGACGUGGGAAGUGCGAGAUUUCCUGGCCUCAAUGAACAACGUAGAUUCAGAGCACGCAAAGAAAGAAACAGAGAAGGUCAUCGACGAGAAACGCGUCCAGCGCGAAACCGCAGCCCGAAAACGCUUGCUCCAAGAAAACCCAACGUACCUCGCGAAACUCGCCGUGGAGAGAGAAAAGCAAGCCCAAGAAGAAGCUGAGAAGAAAGCUGCCGCGGAGGAGAAACGUGAGGUUGACAAGAAGAAGCAAAAGCUUGAGGAUGCUGCUUCCCAUGAGAGAACGAGGAAGAUCAUGGAGGUGCUUCGCGCGAAGGAUGUGCAGCUGCGUGAGAAGGAGGCAGAUUAUUUUAAUCUGGAGCCGGAGAAUAGGCGUGAGCAGCAUGUUACUUUUUAUGUUGGGGAGAUGAGGAGAUCUGGUUGA